AAUGACAAGAUUAUUUCUUCAGAUUAUGUUGCAUCCUUAUUUGAAAAUGUCACAUUCGUUGACAAUCUUCUUUCCAAAAUAAUAUUUUAAUCAGUUUUAUUUUUCUUUAAUAUUUCUAUUGGUUGAUGGUAAUUUGUGUUUUCUCCCGGUAAGCGGCCAUAUUAGCUCUAGAUUAAUUUAACAAAAAUGAGUGUUUCGUGCGUGGAAUGAAAUUAUCACCGUCGUGUAUCAAGUGGAGCGUGCACUGUAACAAGCAAGGUUACAUUGUUACAAAUGACAGUGGCACUUGGUCAAAUGCGAAUACGACCGAAAAAUUAUGUGAACGAAAUGCAUGAAAAUAUUAGGACGAAUAAGUCUUGUUGAUCUCUAUCAGUGUACACAAGUACAUCUUUUUUUGUGACACUUUAUGAAUGUGGUCAAAGCAAAAGAUCAUCUUGCGGGGGGUUUUGGCCGGGAUUACCAAAAUCUGACUAGACCAAAAAGCCGCCUUACUGAUAAGUUUCAGAGACAAUCUUGAUACCACAAUCGAUUUUGAUGAUCCUAAUCAAUUUUGGAACAGUCGUCUUUGGUUUAGUUCUAAUGGUCUUUAAAAAUGUGCGCUUAUGCAAAACUUCCAGUUUUGCUUUUAAUAUCAAGACUGCCAAUCUAAGACUGAACUACUGAUGCAUGGGAUAAUUAUCUUUAAUGUCGAGUACGGACAGCAUCAAUGGGAAACUGUUUUUCUUGCUUCAAGGUGCCACUUCCACCAGCCACCGCAGAACAAUCAAUUGUAUAUGAGCAUAAAGACGAAAGAAUGGAACUAAGAGGAUUAUUCCCGAAUUCUUGCCAACAAACUGGUCCACUCGUGCCUGCAGAAACACAUGUCAAUGGAAACAGAAAAUCAUUAAAUACUGUACCUACACUUAAUAAUGUAGGUUCGGAUAACUGUGGAUCUAUGCCUAGUAUACAAAAUAAUUUACGUUUGUCUCGAGGAUUUUAUGCACGAUUACCUCCACUAGGCCGUUCAGGCACCUCUUCCGGUCUUAACUUAACCACAGAAUUUAAACAGCAACGAGAACCAUCGGAAAAUAAAUUGAAUGCAUUAUUUGACCAAUAUAAGGAUUUACAUGAGGAUGUAAUAUUAGCUGAUGGAAUAGAAAGGCUUUGUAAUGAUUUACAAUUAUCCCCAGACGAGUUUAAAGUGCUUGUUCUAGCUUGGAAAUUAAAUGCUGAACAAAUGUGCCAAUUUACACGUCAAGAAUUUAUAACAGGGUUGAAAGCUAUGCGCGUUGACAGUAUACGUGGAAUUCAGGCAAGAUUACCUGAAAUUGUGCAAGAAUUAAUGGUCAAUAGUGAUUUAUUUAAGGAUCUCUAUCGAUUCACAUUCCGCUUUGGUUUGGAUGUUACCUCUGGUCAACGAAUACUGCCAGCUGAUAUGGCUAUUGUCCUUUGGCGGCUUGUUUUUACAAUUCGAGAACCUCCACUUUUAACAAGAUGGUUAAAAUUUCUUGAAUGUCAUCAUGUUCGAGGUAUACCUAGAGAUACUUGGAACAUGUUUUUGAAUUUUGCUGAAAGCAUUGGAGACGAUCUUGGUGCUUAUGAUGAUGCAGAAGCAUGGCCAAGUUUAUUUGAUGAUUUUGUAGAAUAUGAAAAUGAUCAAAUGAACCAAAAUAUUACUAAAGAUGAUAUAAUGAAGGAUGCUUCUAUUGAUAAGGCUUAAUAAAUCUGUUUAAAAAAAUACUUUGAAUUAAAGUAUAGUCAUAUAUCUGACUUUUGAAUAGAAUCUUCUAAAAUGACUUAAUGAUAUAGAUAUAAAGAAAUAGUGAAGAAAUAGUAGGAUAACAUUGUGAUAUUUACAAAUACUUUUAAUCAAUGAAUUAGUAAAAUGACUAAAUUGUACAUUUUUUAUUCAAAAGUGACAUUACAUUUCCAAAUAUGAAUAGGUGUAUCUUAAGUUAAAUAUUAAUUUAUUAGUAAAGGGUUGUGAAUUUUAUACGGAGAACAUUUAAUAACAAAUUCUUUAUUUGUUGACAAAUUCAUGUCAAAUCAAAUAUGGUGCAAAGUAA